AUGUCACUUGCGCGCUCCAAAGAUCCCUUAGUCUGGAUUGACUGCGAAAUGACAGGCCUCGACGCCGAAACCGAUCAAAUAAUCCAAAUCUGCUGCUUCAUAACGGACCACAACCUAAACCUCCUCGACACUACCCCCUUCGAAACAACCAUCCACGCUCCAGACACAACCCUCAUGAACAUGUCGAAAUGGUGCAUCGACACGCACGAACGCACGGGCCUCACGGCCGCCGUGCGCGCCUCGACCACGACCGCCACCGCCGCCGCGGACGCCCUCCUUGCCUACAUCACCGCUCACGUCCCCACGCCGCGCACUGCCCUGCUGGCCGGGAAUAGUGUCCACGCCGAUAAGGCGUUCCUGGUAAAGGGGCCUUAUGCGAGGGUGUUGGAGCAUUUGCAUUAUCGCAUUCUGGACGUUAGUUCGUUGAAGGAGGCGGCGCGGAGGUGGGCGAGUGACGAAUUUUUGGCGGAGGUACCGCUUAAGAAGGGGGUCCAUCUUGCUAAGGAUGAUAUUUUGGAGAGCAUUGAGGAGAUGCGGUUUUAUCGGGAUCGGUUGUUUGGUAGUGUUGUUUAG